AUGUUCAGCAAAUCUGCUCUCCUCACCAUAUUGACCAUCUCUGCGAAUUGCCUCGCUGCUCUAGCACAGCCCGCUGGCGCAGCGUUGUCCGAACGCAACGCUGAUGCACCCAACAAUGCGCUCGCCAACUUUCCCGGCUGCGAUGCUAAGCAAACAGAGACGCUCCGACGCGCUAUCCCUGUAGCCCAGCGUUACCAAACCGAAGCUUGGGAGUACGUCUGGGAUUCCAUUCCCGUUGGUAUAUCUCACUCAUACACCCACAUCGCCGUCGUUGUCAGAUAUUUCCGCAAGCGAGGCCGCAAUCCUCCAGCGCCAAACACCGAUAUGAAGAGCUACACGAUAUGGUUCGGCGCGUACUCUCCUGCGCGCUACACGAUUGUGUACGACCGAUUCGAGCGACUCAGUGCAUACCCACUCGAUCAGUGGUCGUUUCAAUGCAUGGAUAGCACAGAUCCGGACUGCGGUGGUAUGAUCGACCAAUACUGGACGAAUGCCUACAGCUUGCCAAUGGGACUGGACCCGCACACCAGAAUUGCAACCAUCAGAAUAUGUAAAGGUUUCUUCAACUUGCUGCGAAGCGAUGAUGAUAAUGGCCAGUCAAUCAUUCACGAAGCGUCCCAUUUCCACUUGAACGGCGUAGCAGGGACGAAUAACGGUAGAGUUGAAGAGGACUAUGGGACGACUGGGUGCUUGGCGCUGGCGAAGGCUCACCCUGAUCAAGCCGUCGAUAACGCGGAUAAUUAUGGCUACUUUGCGCAAUACCCCGACGGAUGUGGUAAAUGCUACAUCCAGUAG